CGUUAAUGGAUCAAAAUCAAAUAAGCCAUAUGAUAAGUUCAACAAUUAAUUAGAAAACAAUAUACAUCUGUGAACAUUGUAGAAAAAGACAGAUUCAAAAGAAACUUGGGUAUUUUUCAUAUUCAAUUCAAAUUGAACCUAAAAAGCCAAACAUAUCUCUUAAAUUCAACAAUAAUCUUGAAGAUAAAGAAAAUUAGCUUAUAGAUGCAUUCAAUAGAACCAAAACUUCUAAAAUUCAACUUUAAAAGAAAGCAGACUAGACUAGUAAAUUAACUUUAGAGAUCAGACUUCCUAAUUAACAACAAAUAUCUUAGUAAAUUUUAUCACAAAAGAAGCCCUUAAUGAAGAAAGAUAACAAGAUAAAAAAGUGA